GUUCCAUCUCGAACUAAUGGUCCAUCCUUAGCUAAAAUUUUAUAUUGUUUAAAAACGCUACAAAUCUAAAUAAAAGGCUUUCUGAUCAGCUGAUGGAUUAGCCAUGUCCACCGAUCCCGACAAAAUGGCCAGCGAUUGCGCCGAUCCCGGCGCCCAAAUUCCCGCAAAUAAGGAGUCCUCCGUUGACGAGGGCCAAGUUGAUCCCGCCGCUUCCUCUUGCUCCUUCGAAAAACAGAAGGACUCCACGGACAUGGAUAUAGACAACGACCUGACCACCAACGAGCGGAUGCCCACGGUGGACGAGCUAGAGCAGCCGAAGCAGCCCAAAUCAAAGCCACGGGAGGUAAAGAAGGAGCAGGAACAGGAGCCGAAGACAGAGCCUGAACAGGAGCAGAAGCCAAUGGAACUGCCAAUCCAGCCGCCGAGCCCGCCGCCGUCAGCCAUUAAAAUGGAAGAGGAGGACAAGCCAGUGAAGUUGCCAUCGCAAAUCCAGGAGGAAAUUGCACCCAGUUCGCCGGAGGCACCACCCAAUCCCAGCCAGCAGCGUCCGGUGGGAAAAAUCACUCGCAGUAGCCUGAAUGGCAACCAAGGUAGCCAGGUGACCACCACUACCAACCGAACCCCAACCAUAAUGAAGCGUCUGCGGAAAAGCACGCGCUUCAAGGCCAAGCAAACGGGCAAGGGAAAUUCGGGAAGCAGUAAUAGCCAGUCGAAUGGCCACAACAAUGGACCGAAUGGCUCCACCGGCAGCUCUACUCAUCUCGCCGGAGCCGGCGCUCAUCCCAGUAACACCAACAAGCAUGGCAAGUCCGGACCAGCUGGUCCGGGAGGAGCCACCGGAGCCCGAAAUCGUCGCUCUCUGUUCAAGAGGCCCGCCCAAAAGACUCCAAAGGUUCAGGCCUGCACAAAGUUUGUAAAGAGCGUCUUCUACAAGGGCAGCUAUAUGCAAAUCGGGGACAUUGUCAGCAUCGUGGAUGGCGAUCAGAAUUUGUACUACGCCCAAGUACGUGGACUGCUCGUGGACGCUUAUUGCGAGAAGUCCGCCUUCCUCACUUGGCUGAUUCCCACGCAGGACAGCCCGGAUCCCCAGGAGGGGUUUGAUCCGGCCACCUACCUUAUUGGACCCGACGAGGAGCUAUCCCGAAAGCUUUGCUAUCUGGAGUUCGUUAUGCACGCGCCCAGCAACUACUAUUUCGAUCGCAGCACCCCAUUCCCCCUGCCGGAUGUAGACGAGUAUACUGCCCAGAGAUCAGGCGGAUAUAUCUGGACGCGACUGCCGGUGGUGAAGCGGGAAAAGGGGAGCGGACUCAAAACGGGCGGUGCCUCCUAGCAGGGAAGAUGGCUCAAGGGCAACAUGAAGAAGGCCAGAGCCAGAGUACUGAAUUUGAAUAAUCUAAUUUAUUGAGUGGAAAAUAUAGAAGUGUUCUAAAGAAAAUAAGUGUUUUAUUUUAAAUUUGAGUCAUAAAAACCACAUAUUCCACUAAUUUAUUAAUUAUGACUAUGACCGAAUUUAUGACUAUUCUAUUAAGAACCUUAAAUCUUUAUAAUGUAUCCCGAAUAUAUUU